GUAGUUUGGAUGUUAAUUCCCACAGAAAUUAAACAGCCUCGUGCGUUUAGCCUUACUUGUCGCAUUCUCUCUCAUAUAAUUCAAUUUGAAUAUCAAGCUCUGACAAUGGGCACUACUACUCAUUUUAUUAAAUGAUAUAUACGUGCACUCCUCUUAAUUCACAUCUCCAAUAUCACACUCUUUGAAUCUGCCUCUAAAGGGUGAAGAAAAUGGAUAAUUCUGUUCAGUAAACUGAAGGGGGGUUUGAUAAAUUUUCUUUCAGAUCAGUAUCCGGGGCAGAUUGCAGAGUGGAGUACUCAUGGAUCAUACACCCUGUGAUUUUGUGAUUGAUCUUGAGAUGUGCAACAACACCAUUGAAGAAGUAGCAACUACUAAUCCUAUUUCCAUUGAUAAAAUAGGCAAGAGAUUUUUCAACAAUUUCUGUGAUGACGAACAACUUAUUAGACCUGAAAAUGGGUUCUGUAUGAUUAGCAAUGUAAAGGAUGACCAUGAGCUCACUCCCGAGAAUGUGAAGGUCAAGGGAUUAGUGGCUGAAAAUGGCGUAGAGAAGAAAAAUGUGAAUGAUAAGCGUAAAUCCGGUAGUGCUAAAAAGCCUCCUAGACCUCCAAGAGGAUUAUCUUUGGAUGCUGCUGAUCAGAAGCUUAUUAAAGAGAUCGCUGAACUUGCAAUGAUGAAACGUGUACGGAUUGAGAGAAUCAAGGCUUUGAAGAAAAUGAAAGCAGCUAAAGCAUCUUCAAAUUCAUCAUCAUCAUCCACGAGCAGUGUCCUUGCAUUUCUCUUCACUGUCCUCUUCUUUCUCGUGCUGUGUUUUCAAGGAAUGUCCUCUGGAAGUUCAGAAGUGAUUUCUCACGAUUCCCCUCAACCGAGUGGAUCAAGAUCGAAUAGCUUUAUUAUUCAACAAUACUACUCUGAUCUAUCUGCCAGAACUGCUUCUAAAAGUGCUGGCUCACCCAAUUUAGUUGAGCAGGUUUCUUGAUCAGACGCCACUUGAAGUUUAGUGUGAUUGCCUAUUGGGGUGAAUUUUAGAUUAUGCAAAUAUGAAUAGGAACUGCCAACAUGUCUAUGAUUUUGUGCAAGCUCUCUGAAUGAACUGUGAGACCUUGACGAAACAUAAGAUCUGCAACAUUUGUAUACCUUGUACAGUGAUAUAUGCUAUUUGGUGAGAGAAGUAAUUGUUUCUGCAGCAUGCUAAUUGAUAUAUUGAGUGAUAGUUUUAUUGAGGAACUACAUUUGUGACAAAAUAAUGACUGUUUUUACUCUAUAGGUAGGAUAUAUAGUUCACUGAACAGUCAUAGUUUUGCGGGUCUUCUUCUCUUGAAUGGAGAGAAGAGGAGGUAAAAAGAGCCUUUUAAGCGCUACUAAAGCCUUUACAUUAUGCAGAGUGGCUGAGAUUGGUGGCCUAAUUGCGUCUUUUAUUUCUUCUUGUCAGUUGGAAUUUGGUACUCACUGUAAUGUUGUUGAAGUUGAUAAGGAAAUUUAUUACUAUGUGUUUCGAGUGUGUACAAUUUUUUUAUGAUAAAAAUUUUAUUGCUGGUUUGGCAACUAA